GAUAUUAUUAGAAAAACGAAAAAUAUAACUUAAGUAGUAAAUAUUAAAUAAAAAAAAUGGAAAAAAGACAUGGAACAUGUCGUUUCUGCGUAGAAAUAGGGGAACAUCAAGAUCUAUUUACAGAAUACUGGUCGAAUGGUAACAAAGAAAUUUACAUGGAUACAAUAAUGGAUUGUUUCAACAUUUACUUAUCAACCGACACUUCACUGAGUACUCUGAUCUGUUCGUCAUGUGUACAACUGCUAAGAAACGCUAAUAACUUUCGUACGAUGAUUGUAAAGUCGGAACAAAAACUUUUAAAUUCAAUUACUGACAAAGAAACUGUGUUCAUAAAUGUUCCAGCAAAUUCCCAUCAAUUAGAAGAUGUUGAGGACAUAAAGACUGAGGACCUGAUUGAUGUGAAAGUGGAGAACGAGGGUGAGGAGUCUAUGGACUUUGAUUCUGAAUAUUUUGUAGACAACAUUGAAGAUGUUUGUGACAUAUCAACAAAAGAUGAUGCACCAGAGGAACCUUUAGACCCUGAAGCAGCUUUAUUGGCCAGAUUCCCAAGACGCAGUCUAAAACUACCCACAAGAGAAUCAUUGAAAAUUGCAUGCCCUGCAUUCUUCAAACAUCUUGAAAUGUUGAAAGAUAAAAUAGUAUUACCGAGAAUGAUAGCAAAACUUCUUGAAUCCGAUGAUCAUCCACCACCAGUGAAGAAAAGAAAACUCUAUAUAUCAGAGAAAAUGGGUCAUAUAUUAAACGCAGCUGUUUUAUUAGAAAACAGUAAUGCAACACCUUUCAAAAACAGAAAUUGUUCCGGAUACCCAUGUUAUUAUUGUCGAAAACUAUUCGAAAAUUUGGACAAAUUACGUGAACAUUUGACACAACACAAGAAAAAAGAAAUUAAAAAAAUACUUUCUACUUAUGGGGCGGAAUAUUUUGUGGUGUACGUUGAUGUGACGGACUUAAAGUGUACAAUAUGUGAUGAAAAAGUGUCAAAUUUGAACGAUUUAAAAUCUCAUUUAAUUAAAGUGCAUAAAAAAAACUAUUACAGUGAAUAUACAGACCGUGUUAUUCCGUUCAAAUUAUCACCAAACAAUAUAUUCGAGUGUCAAGUUUGUGGUUUCAAUUUUGAGACCUUCGGUUCAAUAGAACGGCACAUGAACAUACAUUAUAGGAAUUAUGUAUGUGAAGAGUGCGGUUCCGGCUUUAUAACUAAAUAUAGAUUAAGAGUUCAUACAAAAUCUUUACAUGAAGCUGGAAACUAUCCUUGCGAUAUAUGUAAAAAAGUUUACACAACAGCACAGAAGCAGAAAAACCAUGUUGCAGCUGUUCAUAUGAAUUUAAAAAGAUUCAAAUGUCCAAAAUGUCCGGAAAGGUUCUCCGAAUACUUUAAAAGGCAUAAGCAUUUGGUUGAAACACACGGUAUGACACCUUUGAAGUACAAAUGCAACGUUUGUGACAAAUCUUUUGACAGAAGGUAUUCAUUAUCACGUCAUUUGAAGAGAGACCAUUUGGAAGAACGGGAUUUUCAUUGUGACAUAUGUCCUUAUACUUGUUUUACGAAUAACGAAUUAAGAGUUCACAUGAUAAAGCAUAACGGUGAAAGAAUAUAUGAAUGUACGGUUUGUAAAAAGUCUUAUGCGAGGAAAAAGACUUUGAAAGAACAUAUGAGGAUACAUAAUAAUGAUAGAAGGUUCGCUUGUGCUGUUUGCGGACAGGCUUUUGUACAAAAGUGUAGUUUGAAAGGACAUAUAAAGACACACCAUUUAGAAUAUAGUAUGCAAUGAUAGCACUGGAUUGGCUCACUGGCGCCAGUUAGUGUUUAAAUUAUAACAGUUGUGUGCUAGUGUUUAUUUGAGCGCUACUGGCUUAUUGUACUGGUAUAAAUGUAGCAUGUCGAAUGUUGUGUAGGUUUAAAUGUAUUUAACUAUAUUAAACUAACAUAUAAUACAAAAAAAUGGGUAGAAUGCUUGGAAAUAAACAACUUUUUCUUUGUUCCGAUUUAAAUGCAUCUGUUGAUGUACUGAUAGUUAA